CAGAGGUGACGGGCAAGAUGUCGGCAGGCGGCGGUGGUGCCUUUGAGCUCCUGUAGAGCGGCUCAUCUGUGUGACAGGGGCCGGACGGAGGCGGCUGAGAGUGGCCGGGGAGGGGACACGAGGCGGAGGACGGGUGGCAGGGCGCUCAGGGUGCACGGGCCGCUGCCGGGAAUGCGCUGCAGCCCCCCGAACAGCUUGAAAGGCGAGCCCCGCAGGAGCUCUUCAUGCCGCCCACCGGCUUAGAGUCCUCCAGGAUGAAUAGGAAGAAAGGAGACAAGGGCUUCGAAAGCCCACGGCCGUACAAAUUAACCCAUCAGGUCGUCUGUAUCAACAACAUAAACUUCCAGAGAAAAUCUGUUGUGGGAUUUGUGGAGCUGACUAUAUUUCCUACAGUUGCAAACUUGAACAGAAUCAAGUUGAACAGUAAACAGUGUAGAAUAUACCGAGUCAGGAUCAAUGAUUUGGAAGCUGCUUUUAUUUAUAAUGAUCCAACCUUAGAAAUUUGUCAUAACGAAUCAAAACAGAGAAACCUCAAUUAUUUUUCCAAUACAUAUGCAGCUGCAGUGAGUGCAGUGGACCCUGAUGCGGGGAACGGAGAACUCUGCAUUAAGGUUCCCUCAGAGCUCUGGAAGCAUGUCGAUGAGUUAAAGGUCCUGAAGAUACAUAUUAAUUUUUCUUUGGAUCAACCAAAAGGAGGCCUUCAUUUUGUGGUACCCAGUGUAGAGGGGAGUAUGGCAGAGAGAGGCGCUCAUGUCUUCUCUUGUGGGUAUCAAAAUUCUACAAGAUUUUGGUUCCCGUGUGUUGAUUCAUACUCUGAGUUGUGCACCUGGAAAUUAGAAUUUACAGUCGAUGCUUCGAUGGUAGCCGUGUCCAAUGGAGAUUUGGUGGAGACAGUGUAUACUCAUGACAUGAGAAAGAAGACCUUCCAUUACAUGCUUACUAUUCCUACAGCUGCACCUAAUAUCUCCUUGGCUAUUGGACCAUUCGAAAUACUUGUGGAUCCAUACAUGCACGAGGUUACCCAUUUUUGUUUGCCUCAACUUCUUCCGUUACUUAAACAUACUACGUCAUACAUUCACGAAGUUUUUGAAUUUUAUGAAGAAAUUUUGACUUGUCGCUAUCCAUACUCCUGUUUUAAGACGGUCUUCAUCGAUGAGGCUUACGUUGAAGUGGCCGCUUACGCUUCUAUGAGCAUUUUCAGCACAAAUCUUCUGCACAGUGCCAUGAUUAUAGAUGAGACGCCACUGACCAGACGGUGCUUGGCACAGUCUUUAGCACAGCAGUUCUUUGGAUGUUUCAUAUCCAGAAUGUCUUGGUCCGAUGAGUGGGUGCUGAAGGGAAUUUCAGGCUAUAUUUAUGGACUAUGGAUGAAAAAAACGUUUGGAGUCAAUGAAUACCACCAUUGGAUUAAAGAGGAGCUAGAUAAAAUAGUGGCAUAUGAGCUGAAGACUGGGGGAGUUUUACUGCAUCCCAUAUUUGGUGGUGGAAAAGAAAAGGAUAACCCUGCAUCUCAUCUCCACUUCUCCAUAAAGCACCCGCACACACUGUCCUGGGAGUACUACACGAUGUUUCAGUGUAAAGCUCACCUUGUGAUGAGACUGAUUGAAAACAGAAUCAGCAUGGAAUUUAUGCUACAGGUUUUCAAUAAACUGCUAAGUCUGGCCAGUACUGCUUCGUCUCAGAAGUUCCAGUCGCACAUGUGGAGCCAGAUGCUGGUGUCCACCUACGGGUUUUUGAAGUCCAUUUCCAAUGUGUCUGGCAAGGACAUCCAGCCCCUAAUAAAGCAGUGGGUAGAUCAGAGUGGAGUGGUAAAGUUUUACGGAAGUUUUGCGUUUAAUAGAAAACGAAAUGUUUUAGAACUAGAAAUAAAACAAGAUUACACGUCUCCUGGCACACAGAAGUACGUGGGACCACUUAAAGUGACAGUGCAAGAGUUAGAUGGAUCCUUCAACCAUACAUUGCAAAUCGAAGAAAACAGCCUUAAACAUGACAUACCCUGCCACUCCAAAAGCAGAAGGAAUAAGAAGAAAAAAAUCCCACUGAUGAAUGGAGAAGAAGUUGACAUGGAUCUUUCUGCAAUGGAUGCCGAUUCCCCUUUGUUGUGGAUCAGAAUAGACCCAGAUAUGUCUGUGCUGAGGAAGGUGGAGUUUGAGCAGGCCGAUUUUAUGUGGCAGUAUGAGCUCCGCUAUGAGAGAGAUGUUGUUGCUCAGCAGGAAUCCAUCUUGGCCUUGGAAAAAUUCCCCACGCCAGCCUCGCGCCUUGCGCUCACUGAUAUCCUAGAGCAAGAGCAGUGUUUCUACCGAGUGAGAAUGUCGGCGUGCUUCUGUCUUGCAAAGAUUGCAAACUCAAUGGUAAGCACAUGGACAGGACCACCAGCCAUGAAGUCCCUCUUUACUAGAAUGUUUUGUUGUAAAACUUGUCCCAACAUCGUGAAAACAAACAACUUCAUGAGUUUUCAGAGUUAUUUUCUGCAGAAGACUAUGCCGGUUGCAAUGGCUUUGCUAAGAGAUGUACAUAAUCUUUGUCCUAAAGAAGUUUUAACAUUUAUUUUAGACUUAAUCAAGUACAAUGACAACAGAAAAAAUAAGUUUUCAGAUAACUAUUACCGUGCAGAAAUGAUUGAUGCCCUGGCUAACUCUGUUACACCUGCUGUCAGUGUGAAUAAUGAAGUCAGAACUUUGGAUAACUUAAAUCCUGAUGUGCGACUAAUUCUUGAAGAAAUAACCCGCUUUUUGAAUAUGGAAAAACUUCUCCCAAGUUACAGACAUACUAUUACUGUCAGUUGCUUGAGGGCCAUAAGGGUGCUUCAGAAGAAUGGACAUGUGCCGAGUGAUGCAUCUCUCUUCAAAUCCUACGCCGAGUACGGCCACUUUGUGGACAUCAGGAUAGCCGCUCUGGAAGCUGUCGUCGAUUACACUAAAGUGGACAGGAGUUAUGAAGAAUUUCAGUGGCUACUUAAUAUGGUUCAGACUGACCCUGUCCCCUAUGUGAGGCAUAAGAUUCUAAACAUGUUGACUAAAAAUCCGCCAUUUACAAAGCACAUGGAGUCUCCUUUAUGCAACGAAGCCCUGGUGGAUCAGCUCUGGAAGCUGAUGAACUCCGGUACUGCACAUGACUGGAGGUUACGGUGUGGCGCUGUGGACUUGUACUUCACGCUCUUUGGCCUCAGCAGACCAUCUUGUUUACCCUUGCCAGAGCUCGGGCUUGUUCUUAACCUAAAAGAGAAGAAAGCUGUCUUGAACCCUACCAUAAUUCCAGAAGCUGGAGUAAGCAACCAGGAAUCUGCGAGUAACCCAGGCUGUCACGCUCAGCUAGCUGGAUUUCAGAACCCUUUCUCAGGUUCCCAGGAUGAGGAAGAGGUCGAUAUGGACACUGUUCAUGAUAGUCAGGCCUUCAUUUCCCAUCAUCUGAACAUGCUUGAAAGGCCAUCCACUCCAGGGCUCUCUAAGUACCGACCAUCCGGCUCUAGAUCUUCCUUGAUGCCCCAGCAUUCACUGGGCUGUGAUAUCACACCAACCACAAAACCCCAGUGGAGUAUGGAACUGUCCCGAAAGGGAGCAGGUAAGGAGCAGCCUUUGGAGAUGGGUGUGCACUCCCUGGUGGCGGCCCCGCUCUCGGUGUUUGCCAAGGAGGCUCUGUCCUCCCGACACAGCGAACACCAUCACCAUCAUCACCACGAGCACAAGAAGAAGAAGAAGAAGCACAAGCACAAACACAAGCACAAGCACAAGCACGACAGCAAGGACAAGGACAAGGACAAGGACAAGGAGCCCUUUGCCUUCUCCAGCCCUGCCAGCGGCAGGCCUGUUCAGAUGCUGGUCUCCUAUGGACUGCCAGAGUCAGGUCGGCUUGAAAGCCUUUGAUGGAUGAUGUCAUAGGCAGAAGGACAUUUUCAGCAGAAACAGCUGCCAGAGCUGUGGCACCCAGCGUUUCCAUGAAGUACAGAAUGACGCCACCUGGAAUUGCUGGAGAGAGGCUUUUCUGUAGGACUUAAUCCCUCUUGACUGCUUUUUUGUGUUAGCCAUUGAAACUAAGCACCAUCAUUUAUGAGCAAAGAAUCUUAUAUUUCUUUUUACCCUAAAAUACAAAAAAUUUUGAAAGAAAUUAUUUUUUAAAAAAUUUAACUAUCUUUUGAUAGUACAUUUGAUGAUUAUGAUGUUGCAAUGUAGCAGAUCCAACAUUAUUCUCAAAUCAAGAUGUUUAAAUUAUGUUUUGUUUUGUCUUCCAUUAAGUGCGAGUGAAUGUGUUCAUAUGUAAGAUAUGUUUUGCUGAAUGUGGACAGUUUACACACAUAACACAUAAUCUUUCUAAAAUUACUCUGUAUAGAAGCCAGGCAUGGCCGAGCUUGUCUGUAAUUCCAGCAGUUGGGAGACAGAGGUCGGAGCAUCAUUCACGACCAGCCUGAGACACAUGA